AUGUAUGCGGCGUUGCGCCUGUGCAUGCCGUCGGGAAACCCGAUCGCGGAAGCAGCCAUUGCACUAACGGCUCCAAUGGGCGCUCAAGUAUGGGUUGUGGCACACAACGGGAGCUAUUCAGACGCUCUACAGCUGGCCGAGCAUUGCCAGAUUCUGAAAGGGCAGAUUUUGUUCGAACCACCCAGAAAAAGCAUCAGUGAGAUCAUCCUGGGGCAGACGAACGGCUUAGGGGUUGACAUCCAUAUCAAUGCGUCGUCAAAAUCAACGCUCUGUAUACUCGGUGAGGAUAUCAUCGCUCCCUUUGGUCGCGUUUUUGAUCUUUCUAGCACCCAUGGCAAUGAGCUGGAGGUGGAGCAACUUCCCGCUCGUUGCGCGACCUAUGCGCGGGUGGAAACGGCAGGUUAA